CAGUCAGAAGGGGGGGCGGCUGAGCAGCCAGGGCAGCCUUCCCUUCCCCAGGCUGUGGCCGAUGGGAGUUGUAGUGCAUCUCCUCCUCUUAGAAGGACGUUGAAAUAGGGGAAGGGGAAGUGUUGCUUUCCCCUCUAUGGGGUGGUGGGCUUAGUUAGAUCUGCAGGCUUAAUUUUGGGGCAGGUAGUGGGAGGGGAGGAAGCCCCUUUGAUCACUUUUGGGGGAUGGAGGCUGAUCUUUGGUGGCUGAUCCAAUAAAACCUAUCAGAGAUCAAAUCAAAUCAACCAGGAAUUAAAGCCCCCCUCCCUUCCUCUUCCUUCCCCCCCCCCCAAAAAAAAAAUUCUUGCAUGGGAACUUGGGAGUCAGUAAGAUCUAAGACUUUUAGUCUGACCUGUGGGGGAGGGUGAUGAGAAAAGACUACCUCUGGGCGCGUGCAGAGUUCCCCCACCGCCUCUCUAGAGCCCAGGGCAGGCUUGCCAGGCAGAAGAAGUCAUCUCGGCCUCAACAGAUCAAAGCAAAAAAAAAAGAUCAAAAAUAUUCAGAUAUUUACUACUCCCCAGCUCUCGAAAGGGAGACGUUACUUCGGCUCCGGCAGCGCACAUUUUGGAAGCCCCCCCCGAGAUGGAUCUUCAACAGCUCCGCCAUUUAAACCAAGACCUCCUGCAAAAGUUGAAAGCCAACCAAGAAGAGUUCAGGAAACGCCUUCCCUUCGUGCUGGCUUCUUCCUCGGGGAACCCUGAGCGCAAACGGAUGCUCAGUUCCAGGAUCCAAUCACCACCGUUUCAUCCGGAUGUGGAGGAGGCCAUCUUAAACGUUUCAGAGACAAGGAAUUCCCAACUGAGUCUUGACUCUCUGCCGAGUGAGAGAUGGAAAGGGGGAUGCUCCCCUAACUGGGGGCCGCCCCGUUCCCCCUGUAUGAUCAUUGUGCCGUUGGGCGAGGCUGGAAACGGAAACUUGGAAACAGCCAAGGAGGAUGCCCCCCAAAAGCCACCUCCUGCGCCUUCCUUCCCUGAGGCGAAGGAGAGAACGGGGGGCCGAGAGGAACUGACCCAAAGCCCAGCAGAAGAAGAGAGGAGGCAGGGGACAUCGGCUCAGAUGCCUCAGACCCCCAAGUCCAUUCUGCUUACACCGGGGGGCAAGCAUGGCAGGACAAGGAAGAAGAAGAAGGAAGCCGGGCACGUGACCUUCGUCUCCGACACGGAGGAGCAUUUGAUCCAGGCGGAUAGCAUGUCAGCGCAGCCUUUCCUGGGCUACGACUGGAUCGCAGGGCUACUGGAGACGGAUACCUCCCUGUCUGAAAAACCCGAGGAAUAUUUUGCUGAGCUCCAGAAGUUUCGUCAGGUGAACAAAGAGGCUUGCAUCCGCGACCACGGCUUCGAGUUGGAAGAUGUAAAUUCUUCGGCCCUGGAUCAGGAGAUGGAAACAGAGGCGGAUUCCCACCAAUGUGUCUUCUGCUAUCGGUUGAAUAAACGCCUUUUUACCGUGCCAACGGAUCCAGAAUCGGCCUGCCCCGUUUGCAAAACCCCUCGAGCUGAAAAACCUCCUGAGACCCUGGUGGAACCAGCUUUCGUUAGAGUCAGCUUCCCGAGAUCUACCUUCCUCCCCACGUAUAAACACAAAAUCCACCGACGGAAAAGCUACGAAAUGGAGGACAAUUUGGCCCUGCCCUCGCACUGCCUUGCUGGUUGGGAGAACCCCGUCCGAGUUUCCACCCCCGUCGUCAGCAGCCUGGAUCUACAUUCAUCCCUGGAUUCUCGGUAUCCACGUCAGAAUGCCGGCUCUAGGGUGGCAGGUGGGACGAGGACGGACCAACUGCUUGACCGCUCUCGGGUGGUGGAAUUCGAACUCGGCAGCGCCCCUUGGAAGCAGAUGCACCGAAAGCCGCCACGCCACAAAGCCAUUUCCCAUUAAAACCACAUCCAAUAUGUA